AUGCAUUAUGCCAUGUGGCUUGGUGACCCUGAGGCAGUGGGACUCAAUGUAUUCUGGGAUUAUUUACCCUUGUGGUGUCGUGCAAGAGAAAUCAUUCUAGUUACUUUUGUGGCGAGUAUUGGAAUAAUUGGAACACUGGGAAACCUUUUGACAAUGGUAGUGAUGGUUAAGAGUGAUCACCGGGAUGCAUCUAGAAUGCUCCGUACAUCCUUAGCCUUCUCAGAUCUUUUAACUAGUGUCUUUGUUCUCAUUCCAGCCUUUGUUGAUCAUUUAAGGCCAGUCAUUAGGCAUUCAGACUUUCAGGAAAAUUACUUAAUUUCUGAAUAUGUUACAGGUAAUACACAGACACUAUCAACCAGUGGAUUCAAGCAGCUCAUCCCAGUUACCCAUGGCUUCCGAAUCUUCCAGGGAUUCAUAUUUGGCCUAUGUUCAGUGGUAUCUCUUCUCACACUCUUUCUUUUAAGUGUUGAGAGAUUGAUAAUAACAGGUCGCGCACUUCACUACCAUGAUUAUCUAACUGUUCAUCGAGUCAAGUUCAUUAUCAUCUUGAUCUGGAUUAUUGCUUUCAUGGAUAUCCUUUUCUUUAUGUUUGAUGGAAAGGGCAAUUUUGAAGUUACGUUUUCCACUUUGCUGAAACUUCCUAUUCCAAUAUCAGGAGGAAAAUUUAAUAAAGGAAUGCAAUGGCUCACCUCUUUCCAGAUCUUCUUACUAGGCUUGCUGUGCACAUCAACCAUAAUAAUUUCUGUUAUAUCCAUGGGCAUAUUCACACGGAAGCAAGUAAGAGUAAGGGAAAAAUGGAAGAGAAUGAACAUGAGGGUUUCAGGUCCAUUUCAAGAGGAGAACCGUUACAUACUGGUGACUCUGUGCAUGUUGUCUCUCUUCUUCAUGAUAUCUACAGUGCUGCGUGGAAUUGUGCUAAUAUUCAUCCAGCUUGGUUUUAGAUUUGCCAAUGAUGAGCUUGUGGAUUAUUUUAGCUGGUGGUUGUUUCUUUCUGGAAAUGCCUGGAAUCCAAUGAUUUAUAACAUGCGAAGUCAAGAAUUCAAACAGGAAGUGAAUAAAGCACUUCACUCAAUAAUGCCAAUGUGGUUAAAGAAAAGAAUGGGAUGUUCUGGGAGACACACAAUAACAAGAGUAGAGGAGGAGUCUCAGAUGAGGAUGCUUAGAAAGCUGAAUUUAAUUUAUCAGUAA